GAGAUGACGUACCCCUUGCGAGUCAUUGGUCCCUUUCUUCAGGUAAUCCUCGGCUAGGAAAGUGAUCGCACUAAGAUUAAUUCCGGUUGGACAACUUGAUAUCGACAGCGAUCGGACGGCUUGGUAACUCGAGGAGCCGAGUGUCGUUCAAAUGACGGUUGAGCAGCCAGUGAGGAGCAAUGUCGUCCGCUGAGAUAUGUUAGCUUGUUGACAGCUAGUCAACAAGCUAACGUAGUUAAUUAGCGUAGCUAAGACUCAUAAUUUAUCUAAAGCAUCAACAUGGCUUGAUAAUAUAGUAAUUGUUAGUCAAUAUAUCCCCUUUAGGGGAUGCUUAGUUGCAAACGAUUGCGUUGAGCAACAUAUUGUGUGAGGAUUAUAUGAGGACUUUCGAGUUAGUUUAGUUCGAUAGCUGAAAUCAUUUUAUUACCCAAGUGAUUUGUCAGUACAUUUGUGACUAUCUUCAAUAAUAUGUGACAGGGCUUCACGGCUGGUAUCUAGUGUCGCUCUAGCUUCCUCUUUGUUGGGGCUUGGCUUGUGGCUAAACGUGUUCUUGAGGUUACAUCUAUACUCUCCUACCUCUAUACUAUCAGUCACUUUUUUUUGAAAAUGAAAAACUGCGAGUAUCAACAAAUAGACCCACGAGCGCUCAGAACAUCGACCACCCGGACCUCCACCAACAAAAACGUACGCGUACGGAGGAAAUGGGAGGUUUUCCCUGGAAAAAAUCGCUUCUACUGUGAUGGCCGUAUUAUGUUGGCCAGGCAGUGCGGUGUGCUCCCGCUGACCAUCGGCCUUAUUUUCAUCACCAGUGGCUUAUUCUUCACAUUUGAUUGCCCCUUUCUGGUCCAUAACCUCACGGUUUUCAUUCCAGUUAUUGGUGGGGUGUUAUUUGUGUUUGUCGUCAUCACCCUCUUUCAAACCAGUUUUAUAGACCCAGGGAUUUUACCCAGGGCUUUGCCGGAUGAGGCUGCAGACAUUGAGAAACAGAUUGAUAAUUCUGGAUCUUCAACAUACCGUCCACCUCCCCGCACUAAGGAGAUCCUUAUAAAUGACCAGGUGGUCAAGCUUAAAUACUGUUUCACAUGCAAGAUGUUCCGUCCGCCUCGGACAUCCCAUUGCAGCCUUUGUGACAACUGUGUUGAGCGGUUCGACCAUCAUUGUCCUUGGGUGGGGAACUGUGUUGGGAAGCGAAACUAUCGUUUUUUUUACGCAUUCAUAGUGUCACUAUCCUUUCUGACCUCCUUUAUCUUUGGCUGUGUGAUUACUCACCUCACAUUAAGAUCACAAAGUGUGAAUGGUAUCAUCCAGGCAAUAAAGGAGAGCCCAGCCAGUGUUGUCGAGCUAGUCAUUUGUUUUUUCUCCAUCUGGUCCAUUCUGGGUCCGUCAGGUUUCCAUACUUAUCUUGUGGCCUCCAAUCUCACAACCAACGAAGAUAUCAAAGGCUCUUGGUCCAGUAAAAGAGGAGAAGAAUCAGGGAAUCCGUACACCUAUAACAACAUCUUCACAAACUGCUGUGUGGUGCUUUGUGGGCCGAUGCCACCCAGCUUGAUUGACAGAAGAGGCUUUUUACCUCCAGAUGAUGCACCUCAAAUUGUGACCUCUGACACUGAGCACCCUCAUUUCGUGGCUAAGAAUGGCACAAAUAUGUGCACACAGGGCACAAAGGAGCUUUUAGAAUCAAUGGCACACUCUACAGUGAUACAGAGCACCUGCGCUCCGGGCACACCCAAAACCACCCCGGUCCCCCAAGAGAGUCUACUAAGUACCGUCUCUAUCACUGUCUCUCCCUCCAGCAAGUCUCCCUCUACCGGCUGCUCAGGCCGCCAGGCCCGGCGCCCCAUUGACGUUCCCUGCUCCCAGAGAGGGAACAAGCAGGCCGCUCUUCACACCCACAAACCCAUGUUGCGUGUAUCCAGCCCUCCCUACUCCCUUGGCCACAGUCCGAUCAUUCUUAGUGACACUCCCGACAUGGGCUUUAUCCCACUUAACUGAGCGCAGUAUCUCUGCCACCAGCAGCCUUGUGCAAACACUGUCCUCUCUUUUACCACUUUGAGAACAGCAUCACACUUUUUAAGAAACUGUGACAUACUAUACUCGGGAUCCUCUCAGGAAACAUGCCAUCUUUCAUCAAAUGGGAAUAAGCCUGCAUUGACUUCUUAAAUAUCAGAGGGAUUUUGAGAUUUUUUUUGUUCCGUUAACAACAUCAUACACUUGGUGGAGAGAAGCG